AUGCCCUCCCAACCCAACUACACACUUGCCCCGCACCUCGCACCCUUCGCCGUCCCAUUGCCCCAAUUCCGCGCCAUCAACGACCAAUACGCACACUUCGUAGGCGGCGCUCUCAUCUUCUCACGCACUGUCCCUUGCACACCAGAAAACCAGGAAGAAAGAGAGGACGCGAAAACACUCCUCCGCAUCCUCCUCCUCCAACGCUCCUACGAAGACUCCUACGGCGGCCAAUGGGAAGGCCCGGGCGGCUCUAUCGACCCGGACGAUGCGAACAUCCUAGAUGGCGUUGCGCGCGAGGUUCUCGAAGAAAGCGGCCUGCAUGUGUCGCGGUUCGUCGAGCUCGCGGGGAAGGAGGAGUGGGUGAGGCAGCGGCCGGACCGGGCGGACCUCGUUGUUAAGUUCACGUUUAUUGUGGAGGUGCAUGAGGCGAAGCCUGCUGUUUCUACCAGGGAUGGAGAAGGGGAUGGGAAUGGAGUCCCGGCUGAUACGUUGGCUAAUGGGGGUGUUGCUCCUGCGCUGGAAAGGCGAUGGGAGGAGAUGGUUAGCCUGGACCCCGCGGAGCACAGGGAUUUCAAGUGGGUUACUGAGGAGGAGGUUCGGGAGGGCGAGGAGGAUUUGACGGGGAAGUAUAAGUCGUUUGCGGGGAUGGGGAGGGUGAUAUUGGGGGCUUUUCGGAUGAUGAGGGAGAGGGCGUUGUUGGAUGGGAGUGAUAGCGGUGCUUGA